GGAGGCUAAGGGAGUAUUGACACACAGACAUACCAUUGUAAGAUCUCUUAAAUAAACAUCUUACUAAACGAAAUGCGAAAAGAAUACAACUAAAAUGAACAGAAUGAAUGAAAAAAGUAGUAUUAAUCCAGAUAUAGACAAAUCGACAUCUGCUAUGAAUGUAUAUCCAACACAGCCUUUAAACCAUGUUACAUCGAAACUUGAUUGUCUUGAAAUGCACUCCAUGUAUCCAAAUGUGCCGUAUGUAAAUCCAUACUGUAGUCCUCGAACUAAUCGUCGAAGGCCUCCGUUAAGAGAAUCUCGUCGUGUUUCAACGGAACAAUCUGGAAGUUUUUUACAAUUAAAUCAAUACAAACUUAUGGACCAAAUUGGUCAGGGUUCAUAUGGGCUAGUUAAACUGGCUUACUCUGAAGAGGACUCAACCCAUUACGCAAUGAAAAUUCUCUCUAAACGUCGAUUAAUAAGACAAGCCGGAUUGGCAAAGCGUGGCAUAAUUAAACCAAUUUCACCAUUAGAGAGAGUUUAUAGAGAAAUUGCCGUGCUAAAGAAAUUAGAUCAUCCAAACGUUGUAAAGUUGUUCGAAGUGUUAGAUGAUCCAUUGGAAGACUCCUUAUAUAUGGUUUUUGAACUAGUAAAACAGGGAUGUGUUUUGACCAUCCCAACAGAUUCGCCGUUACCUGAGGAUAAAGCUUGGAGUAUUUUUCGUGACACAAUACUUGGUUUAGAAUAUUUACACUAUCAACACAUUAUCCAUGGUGAUUUGAAACCCGAAAAUCUGUUACUCACUGAAUGCGGUCACAUUAAAAUUGCCGAUUUAGGGGUCUGUAACGAAUUUUUCGGCGAAGAUGCAAUGAUAAGUAGCGGGAGUACGGCAGGCACUCCAGCAUUUAGAUCACCAGAAUCACUAAAACUCGGUCGAGUAAGACAAUUUUUAUCAUAUAACAAGUAAGGAAGGGCUAAGUUCGGGUGUCACCGAACAUUUUAUACUCUCGCAUCA